CCAUCACCACCUCCUCCCCCAGUGAAGACGUCAAGUCAGCUCUAGCACAAAGCCAUGGCCCUCGCCCUCGCAACAACCCCACUCGUGCCCCUCGCCCUGCCCCCGAUCUCCGCCUCCCAGUCCUCGCUGCUGCUCCUGCCGCGCCGCCCGUCUCCCGUCCCCAUCUCCCUGCCCCUCCGGUCCCGCCUCCUCGUGGCCGUCGCGGCGAAGGAACCCGAGCUCGGCGGCGGCGGAUCGGAGGGCGGUGGUAGUGCAGGAGGGAGCGGCGGCGGAGGCGGUGGUAGUGAUCCGCGAGGAGGAGGACAGGAGGGGGAAGGGGAAGAGGAGGGGAAGGAGAUGGGUGAGGGGCUCUCCAUGUCGCAGAAGCUCACACUCGCCUACGCCGCGCUCGUCGGAGCUGGUGGUGUAAUGGGAUACAUGAAGAGUGGAAGCCAGAAGUCCUUGGCUGCAGGAGGCCUAUCAGCCCUGAUCCUGUUCUUUGUCCACACUCAACUCCCAGUGAGACCCAUCUUCGCAUCAUCGAUCGGUUUAGGUAUAUCGGCUGCGCUACUGUCAGUGAUGGGAUCUCGCUUCAAGAAGUCUAGGAAGAUAUUCCCAGCGGGUGUUGUGUCUCUUGUAUCCCUGGUCAUGGUCGGAGGCUACUUCCAUGGGAUUCUGCGUAGCUCACAUGCGUGAUAGAAUCAGCGGCGCGUCACCAUAUGCGCUUCCUACUUGAGCUUAUGUACCAUCUUUCUGUUUCAUGCACUUUGGCAUCAUUUUGGUGUUUUUAGAGUCUGAAGGAGCUGUUCGCCUUCACCUUCUUUCUUAUUGGACGUUUUAGCAUACUCGUUCUCAAGUUUAGUUCAUGCUAUUUUCUGUGACUCUGGGUAAAAGCAUGUGAGCUAAUAUCGAUGGAGAAUAUGCAUUUGGGAAAA